AUGCUUCGUGUUUUCAUCACCGGCUCCUCGGACGGACUGGGAUCCUUAGCGGCGCAGCGACUGGUGCGCCACGGCCACCAAGUGAUGCUGCACGCACGCAACCCGCGACGGGCACAGGACGCCCUGGCAGCGUGCCCCGGGGCGGUUGGGUGCUUGGUAGGCGACCUCUCGGACCGUGCACAGACUCUGGCGCUGGCGCACGAGAUUAAUCAAAAGGGCCCCUUUGACGUAGUGGUCCAUAACGCCGGGCUGUACACUGGGGGGUACCGACGCACCAAGGAGGGUUGGCCCAGCAUCUUUGCCGUCAACACCCUAGCUCCCUACAUGCUCUCCUGCUUGGUCAAGCCGCUGCCCCUACGCCAUGUCUUCAUUUCCACCGUUUUCCCCAAUGAUUGUGACCCUUCUUUGCACGACCUCACCUGGCAAGCCCGCGGGGCGGCAGACUUUCCCGACAUCCAGGCCUAUUGCGAUACCAAGCUACACGUCUGCCUGAUGGCUGCCGCGCUGGCACGGCGCUGGCCAUCUGUGCGUGCCAACUCCCUUGACCCCGGCUGGGUCGCCACAAAGCUGGGCGGCUGGAACGCUACGGGGGACCUUAAUGCCGGGAUCGCCACCUAUCUCACCCUGAUCGAGGGCAAGGGGGACACCGAGGCCGUCUCCGGUCAGUACUGGCGUCACAGUGAGGUCCAGCCCCUUCCGAUCCCGGAGGUUGGGGAUGUUACGCUACAAGAGCGCCUGCUGAGCGAACUGGAGCAGAUUACCAGCCUUAGGGUUCCCGCGGAGGGCGAGGUCAAGGGGCAACCCGCAAGCCAUUGAACAGACCUCGCCGCGGUAGUCAUGCGGG